AAGGAAGGAGAAACUUUAAUCGUGCGAACUAGUUGUCUGCGGGCGGACGUGCGCAUUUUUUGGUUUAUUUUUUAUUCAAUACCGAUACGGCGAAAAUAACUUUGCACAUUCCGUUGAUUUUUUUAUAUACCGGCUUAUACUUGUUUGCAUUUGAAUUUGCAAUUGUUGGCGCAGCAGUCAAGUGUAGUGCACUCAGUAAACCCUAAGGAACGGACAGAGCAGGAGAAGCAACUGGCCAAAUGGAUUCACACGCACAUCACAGCGCACCCACUGUUGAACUGAUAGAUCAUUCCAUGCACGGGCACGAUCAUGCGAACAUGCAUCACGAUCACGACCAUAUGGGACUGGCGGCCACCACGCUGACGCCGCCUCUGGCGACGACCCACGGCGAUCUAUCGAUGGGCGUGCAUGCGGGUCAUCAUCAUGGCGGCGGCGGCACCGGCACCGGCAUGGAGCACAUGAUGUCCAUGGCGUUUCACUUUGGCUACGAUGAGACCAUUCUCUUCUCGUGGUGGCACAUCGAGACGGUAGCUGGUCUGAUUGGCUCGAUGAUAGCCAUUUUCCUGUUGGCGCUGCUUUACGAGGGCCUGAAAUAUUAUCGCGAGUAUCUGUUCUGGAAGACGUACAAUCUGCUCGAGUAUCGGCCCGUCACGGGACCCCAGCGAAAUCCAGAGGCGCCGCGUCUACCAACGCCCGCCGCUGCUGCCCCAUCGCCUGUGCAAUACGUUGGCGAAGUUGUGCACAAGCAACCACCAACAAUGUUGUCCAUCAAUCAUCUAUACCAGACGCUGCUGCACGUACUCCAGGUGACGCUCUCCUUCCUGCUCAUGCUGAUCUUUAUGACAUACAAUGUCUGGCUCUGCAUGAUGGUCGUCCUGGGCGCUGGCGUUGGCUAUUUCCUGUUCUGCUGGAAGAAAUCGGUUAUCGUCGAUGUGACCGAGCAUUGUCACUAACAGCGCUCGAUUGGAAAUCCAAUCAGAGCGGUGUUCCAUGCGAUACGAUACAGCAGGCCCUGCCGAGCAGCUGAAUGCUCCAAUUUCUCGAAAUGUCAACAAAAGCAAACACACAUACACACAUACACACACACGUACACACACACACACACACACACACACACACACACACAUACACACACACACACACCACUCAAAGACAUACACAUGUCCUCCAACACACACACAUAUGAACACAUUUUUAGGUAUUAAAAUAUAAAUAUAUACACUAAUAUAUAGAUACUUUAUCCGUGCUGAAUAAUCGGGGCAACGUAUUUGCCAGCACUCAAAUUUUUUACAACUGUGAAAUUUUUUAAACAAAUUUAAGACACAAAAAUCUGUAUACAAAAACAAAAGAAAAAGGAAAAGAAACAUAAGAGGAAAAGAAAGGGAGAAAACCCGAUGUUUUGGGCACACAUCGCUUUUCCUUCGACUUUUGAGGUUAGGUUAGUUAAGAAAUUGUUAAAAGUUGUCCAACUAAAUAAUUGUAAAAAUUGUAAAAACAAAAUACAAAAUGGAAUAAGGAAACAGUGAAUCAUUUGUUGUUACAACUCAAAGCUAAGCUAGCCAAACAUUUCUCAAUUGGUCAAUGUUAAUUUCUAAUCGACGUCCCAAUUAUUCAUUCAUAUAUUGUUCUUAUUUUUUACUUCAAAUUAUUUACAA